ACAGAACACCACUAGCUGUCACCUACAGGCCCCAACUAAAAUCUCUCCAGCGCAUCAUCAAGGAUCUACAACCUACUCUGAAGGACGAUCCCUCACUCUUACAGAUCUUGGGAGACAGGCUAGUCCUCCUCCUCUCUGCUCUCUUAGUUCUGGUCUUGUCUACUCUGGUCAGUUGGAUGACAGGUUCAUUAUGACAUCAGAUACCAAGAAAACAACAUCUAAUGGGGAAUUUUUUUAUUUUGGGGGUUGGGGGGGAGAGGGUUUCCAGACAUGACAUUACUAAUAUUUCAAUGGGAAAAAAUUGUAAAACCUCAUCUUUCAGGCCUUAUUUAUAUAUCAUAUAGGCUACAAACACAGGUUUUUUUGCCUUCUGCAAGUUACCCUAUAUAACUUUCUUUAUCUAUAGAUACUGUUUAUGGAUGACAUUGGAUCUAACGAACCAGACAAUUACAAGAGAAGUUAUUUUAUAGUCAUGGUUGAAAGAAACAAAUUGUAUACAUGAACUAACUUAACUUGCAGAUAUAGUGUCUGAGUCUCUGUCUAGCACCUUUAAUAAUUUGGACCAGUGCAAAGUGGAUAUAAAAUGUUACCAAAUAAGAAUGGUCAUGUUUUUACUCACUUUGCUCUGGUUUAAAUGACUGCAUACAGGGCAAUAGAGAAUCUGGCCAGUGUGAUCAAAUGGAAUUACUUUAAAUCGAGGUGGGGAAAAAAGUUAACUCAGAAAAGAAAAAUGUUAUAGUGGAAGUCACCAGAUGGCACUGUUAUAGUUUAACAAGUUUUUUUUUCUUAGCAUGUGAGCAAAUGUGCAAUCUGUUAUAGUUUUGUGAUGCAUGUUCUUUUUGGGGAAUCUGUUGCAAAUAGCAUGUUUACUGUCCACCUUAAUCUAAACAGUUAAUUCUUGUGGCAGAGUUGCUUCCUGAAAACUGGCUAUUGGUGUUGAAACUGGGAUUUUUGAAAGAGAUUUGCUUGCAUGGUGUUUGAUCACCUUUGUUCCAGGACUGAUGUAUAUAGUAUAAAUAAAACAAGUCACAUUAAGAAAGUGCCACAGAUUUCUUCUCCAAUGAAUAACUAGUAAUAGUAUUUACUGCCCACUUUCAUGCUAUGAGCUAUUAAUUAAAUGGGGAAUUGUGGGAGGGAGUGGGGAGAAUUGGGUUAAAUUAAAUUAAUGUAAUAAGAACCAGGGUUUUGCAGAAGAGAAAGUUAAUGCCUCAGGAAGUAUUAUGGCCCUGUGUAAUUUACAGUUUUACUUUUGAGGCACCAGCCAGCUGCUUUGUGAUAUAACAAAUAUUCUUCUCUAAUUCACUGAGACAGUAUAAUUACAUGUGUUUAGAUAUGAUGAUGAUUCUCAAAUGUGUAUAUGUUAUCAAAGCACAGUUACCUGUCAGAAUGAUGCACUGAUUAUAGCCCAGAGUACAGUGGUACACAUUUUAAAAGAGCACCAGUUCUCAUUUAAGGCCACCCUCUCACAGGCAACCAAAGUAAAAGAAUGCACGGUUGCUCAGGCCACGGGUAAACAUGGUUCUUCAAUCUCAGCAAGCUGCAUGUGAUAGCAAUGCACUCCUGAAAGCCUGCCUAAAGAGGGAAUCAUAAUCAAGCCUUUUAUUCACAAGGAUGCGUGUUACUUUUUGCAAGGUUACUACAGGACAACUAGAAGCAUAGCACUGUUAGGUAAGGAAUGCAGAAAAGAUCUGGAAAUGAAAAGGGCAAAAUUUGUUUUUCAAAAAAACUUUAUUGUAAAACUCAGUAUUUUAUGUCACUUCCAGACUUCACUAAAUACAUUACAGAACAAACCAGCAAAUCCUGGUUGGAACACGUUAAGCCUGCUUCUUCUGGGUCUUUUGUGCACAUAUGCACGUGCCUGCUCUUGCUAUGGACAUAAACAGAGACUUAUUGUGCAGCCAUUUAUAGACAUUAUUAUUGAAUCUGUAUUGGAAAUCCUUGUAAAAAAGUGACAGUAGAACCUCGUUAAUCUGCAGAACAGGUAGUUUUCUCUCUCUCUCUCACUCACACACACACACACACAAAAAUACCCCCCCCCCCCGGUGGCCUCUCCUACUUCUAAACAAGUUUAUAGUAGCAAAGUGCUGUAGUGAGGUCUCGUAUUACUAAGACUUCAUUAAUUUUACAAUUAUAUUCUACAGUACAUUUACCAGCAUGCCAGAAGCAUUAGCAUAAAUUAAAAAUAAACAUUUACAAAAAAAGUUUUGUGAUGCAGUAUUGUGUUUGUUCGCUUACUCGCUAAUUCACAAAAUCUAGUCAUCUACAAUGGAUCUUCCAAUUAUUCAUGCAAUUUAGCGAGGUUCUGCUGUACAUGAUAAAGUGCUGAAGGCGAAUAUAUUUUAAAAAAAAGAAACAAAACUGCAGCCCAGGCUCACUAAUUCUCAGGCAGUAACAAUAGAUUGCUACAGCCACUUUGUUGCAGGAAUGUGUUUCUUUUUGGACAUUUAAGACAGUUUGAACAAAAACACCUUCCUGAAGAGAGGAGUUCUAUACAGAGAUUGUCCCACAUUUCUAUGGCUGAUAAAAUACAUAGCAUAGCAGUUAAUAUACAGUGCCACUUCCACUUAACUACAGAGAAACGCGUCAAGCUGUAUGCGUACUUAGAACCAAACAAACUUUUUACUUGUCCCCCUGAGUUGCUGAGUGGCAUAAAAAUGCAUAAAGGAAUUUAUCAAAAUAGGAGUGAGUGAAAAGCCAAUUUGUUGUCUUUCACAAUUCCCUUCUUUAUAGGUAAUAAAACAGGAAACACAGUAAGGACCCAGUCCUGCUGUCACUGAAGUGAGUGGCAAAAAACUGACUUCAAUAGGAACAAGGAACAUUUGCUGUAAUGUAAAGGUGUCCCCCUUAUGGAAUUCAAAGAACAAUUCAACAUCAUUUAACUUCAGCUUUUGUCUAUUCUUUUGAAGAAAUGGACAACAUCGCUUUACAAGGCCAAAUAGAGAAUUCUCCUGUAGACAUCACUAAUCUAAAUUCCAUGUGUCCUGGGACUAAGUAAUUUAUAAAAUUGGAUGCCAUACAGAAAGUUUGUAAUCAGGAUAAAGAAGCUUUGGAAAAACAAGUAAACCUUAUAUUAAUAAGACGUUAUUUUAAUUGCAUAUUUAGCAAAACCCCACAAUUUUUAAAUGACAAUAUGAUUAUUGUGACUUCCUACAAGAUCUCACUUAGCAUGUCAGCUCUUUGCAAAUGGAAAAGAGAGAGGAAGAUUAUGGUUCAGUCGAUCUCCAAAUGAUCAAAAGUCAAUACUGCAGUUUUGUAACUUGUCUCUUCAGCGCCAUGCAAAGAUGUGAAAUUUGCUUCUUUGCAGAAUCCUAGGGCUGCUUUGGGUGGCAAUAAACAGCUGAAUCACGGCUGAGGAAAGCACGACAGUGGGAGUUCUCAGAUGAGCGUGUGGCAGGAAUAGGCCACCACCACCUACUCACUCACGGUAAAGGUCUACAGGAGGCAUUCUCGAUGGAGAUUCUGUUCCUGAAAAUGCUUCUGCUACUGGCUGGCUGUUUAGUUGGGCUCUUCUAUCACCUCUCAGAUCUUUGUGUGGGUGAGAAGAGAACAGUUCACAACAAGCCGAAUUUCAUAGUCAUUUUGGCAGAUGAUGUUGGAUGGGGGGACCUUGGGGCCAACUGGGCAGAAACCAAGGACACUCCUAACUUGGAUCAGAUGGCUGCAGAAGGAAUGAGAUUUGUGGAUUUUCACUCUGCUGCAUCCACUUGCUCCCCAUCCCGUGCCUCCCUGCUCACAGGAAGGCUCGGCAUUCGCAAUGGAGUGACCCAUAACUUUGCUGUCACAUCAGUGGGUGGCCUCCCCCUCAAUGAGACUACGUUAGCCGAGGUUCUGAAGGAAGCAGGAUACAUCACCGGGAUAAUAGGUUUCGACUAUUACUUCGGGAUCCCCUACAGUCACGACAUGGGUUGCACUGACACCCCAGGCUACAACCUCCCUCCCUGUCCGGCAUGCCCUCGACACUCUGCGGCCACAAGCAGCCACGGGAGAGAUUGUUACACCAAGGUGGCUCUUCCUCUCUUCGAAAACAUCGCCAUCAUCCAACAGCCUGUGAACCUCACUGGCUUGGCUGCAGUGUAUGCAGAGAAAGCAGCUCAGUUCAUCCAGCGCGCAAGUGAAAGCGGACGCCCGUUCUUCCUAUACCUAGCGCUGGCCCAUAUGCACGUGCCCUUGGUCCUCGCUCAGCCUCCCUCCAGCUCCUCAUUCCCUGGGCCAUACCGAGCCAGCCUGAGGGAGAUGGAUGCGCUGGUGGGACGGAUAAAGGACAAAGUUGAUGGCUGCGGGAAGGAAAACACAUUCCUUUGGUUCACAGGAGACAACGGUCCUUGGGCUCAGAAGUGCGAGCUUGCAGGGAACGUGGGCCCAUUCUCUGGGGCAUGGCAAAGGCAACGAGGUGGGAGUGCAGCCAAGCGAACGACUUGGGAAGGGGGACAUCGUGUUCCGGCAUUGGCUUAUUGGCCUGGCAGGAUCCCUGCCAAUGUGUCAAGCAUUGCACUGUUGAGCACCACAGACAUUUUCCCCACCUUGGUGUCCCUGGCAAAGGCAAGCCUCCCUCCCAACAGGCGCUUCGAUGGUUCGGACGUGUCUGAGAUUCUCUUUGGACAGUCACACCAAGGGCACAAGACGUUGUUUCAUCCCAACAGUGGAGCAGCUGGAAAGGACGGAGAGAUAAAAGCACUACGGCUGGCUCAAUACAAGGCAUUUUACACUACAGGCGGGGCGAAAGCCUGUGAUGGAAGCAUUGGGCUGGAAGAGCAUCACCACCCACCGCUCAUUUUUAAUCUGGAUCAUGACAUUCAGGAGCAGGUGCCUCUGGACGUGAAGACUGGCGAGUAUCGGGCUGUGCUACCUGCAAUAACCAGGGCUGUGACAGACUUUCUUCAGGAUAUUGCAUCAGACAACAUCUCGACUGCUGAUUACUCCCAUGAUCCAGCAGUGACGCCCUGCUGCAAUCCACAGCACAUAGUAUGCCGAUGUCAGGCUUGCUGCUCUAGCCCAGCCAUGGUAGACUGUAACAGGGAGCCGUAGUCAACAGUUUCACACUGAAUUGGCUGUCAGGUCAGUCUGUGCCAUUCUGCUGUAUGCAAAUAAAUCUGAUGCUGUCUAAACCA